GGAGCGAGCAGCGUAGAAAGUUUCCUUGACUCCUCCUCCGCCUGUGUCUCCCUCCCUUGCCAAGCCCAGCCUGUGAAACUGAAUAACGAAGAUCACUCAACAAUGCCUGCCCCUCUCUGACUGCACGGUCCCUGCGCUGCCGCCGCUGCCGCCGACGCCAAGGAGAGCCCACGGGACAGUCCCCGCUGACUGUGCAGCCUGCCGGCGCGGCCGCCGGACCAGGAGGCGAGCAGCGGCGGUCACUGCGCCUGUGCGCCUGCCAGGUGCCCCGCAGCCCAGCCACCAAGAUGCCCAGCCCGCUCCGGCUCCUGGCGCUGUGGCUUUGCGCCGCGCUGUGCGCCUCCCCUUGCGCAGGCGGCGUCCCCCAGCUGGGCCCGGGGCGUGCUGCCUGUCCGGUCCCCUGCCAUUGCCAGGAGGAUGGCAUCAUGCUGUCAGCCGACUGCUCUGAGCUCGGGCUCUCCACUGUGCCAGUGGACUUGGACCCCCUGACGGCAUACCUAGACCUCAGCAUGAACAACCUCACGGAGCUUCAGCCCGGCCUCUUCCGCCACCUUCGCUUCUUGGAGGAACUGCGUCUCUCUGGGAAUCAUCUCUCACAUAUUCCAGGACAAGCCUUCUCUGGUCUCUACAGCCUGAAGAUCCUGAUGCUGCAGAACAACGAGCUGGGAGGGAUCCCGGCGGAAGCGCUGUGGGAGCUGCCGGGCCUGCAGUCUCUGCGCCUGGAUGCCAACCUCAUCUCUCUGGUCCCAGAAAGGAGCUUUGAGGGGCUGUCCUCCCUCCGCCACCUCUGGCUGGAUGACAAUGCACUCACAGAGAUCCCCGUCAGAGCCCUCAACAAUCUUCCUGCCCUGCAGGCCAUGACCCUGGCCCUCAACCGCAUCAGCCACAUCCCUGACUACGCCUUCCAGAACCUCACCAGUCUUGUGGUGCUGCAUCUGCACAACAACCGCAUCCAGCAUCUGGGGACCCACAGCUUCGAGGGGCUGCACAAUCUGGAGACACUAGACCUGAAUUAUAACGAGCUGCAGGAGUUCCCCGUGGCCAUCCGGACCUUGGGCAGACUACAGGAACUGGGGUUCCACAACAAUAACAUCAAGGCUAUCCCUGAAAAGGCCUUCAUGGGCAACCCUCUGCUGCAGACAAUACACUUUUAUGAUAACCCAAUCCAGUUUGUGGGAAGGUCAGCAUUCCAGUACCUGCCUAAACUGCACACGCUGUCCCUGAAUGGCGCCACGGACAUCCAGGAGUUCCCGGACCUCAAAGGCACCAGCAGCCUGGAGGUCCUGACCCUGACCCGCGCAGGCAUCCGGCUGCUCCCACCGGAAAUGUGCCAGCAACUGCCCAGGCUCCGAGUCCUGGAGCUGUCUCACAAUCAAAUUGAGGAGCUGCCCAGUCUGCGCAGGUGUGAGAAGUUGGAGGAAAUCGGCCUCCAACACAACCGAAUAUGGGAAAUCGGAGCUGACACCUUCAGCCAGCUGAGCUCCUUACAAGCCUUGGACCUAAGCUGGAAUGCCAUCAGAUCCAUCCACCCAGAAGCCUUCUCAACGCUGCGCUCCCUGGUCAAGCUGGACCUGACAGACAACCAGCUGACCACACUGCCUCUGGCUGGGCUUGGGGGCCUGAUGCAUCUGAAGCUCAAAGGGAACCUGGCUCUGUCUCAGGCCUUCUCCAAGGACAGUUUCCCAAGACUGAGGAUUCUGGAGGUGCCCUAUGCCUACCAGUGCUGUGCCUAUGGGGUCUGUGCCAGCUUCUUCAAACCCUCUGGGCAGUGGCAGGCUGAGGACUUCCACCUGGAGGAGGAGGAGCCUCCAAGGAGGACCCAGAGCCUCCUUACUGGACAAGCAGAGAAUCACUAUGACCUGGACCUGGAUGAGCUCCAACUGGAGAUGGAGGACUCCAAGCCACACCACAGUGUCCAGUGUAGCCCUAUUCCAGGCCCCUUCAAGCCCUGCGAGCACCUCUUUGAGAGCUGGGGCAUCCGCCUGGCCGUGUGGGCCAUCGUGCUGCUCUCGGUGCUCUGUAACGGGCUGGUGCUGCUGACCGUGUUUGCCGGCGGGCCCAUCCCCCUGUCCCCGGUCAAGUUUGUGGUAGGUGCGAUCGCCGGCGCCAACACCUUGACGGGCAUCUCCUGUGGCCUGCUGGCCUCCGUGGACGCCUUGACCUUUGGCCAGUUCGCCGAGUACGGAGCCCGCUGGGAGACGGGGCUGGGCUGCCGGGCCACGGGCUUCCUGGCCGUCCUGGGGUCCGAGGCGUCGGUGCUGCUGCUCACCCUGGCCGCCGUGCAGUGCAGCGUCUCCGUGUCGUGCGUGCGGGCCUACGGGAAGGCGCCCUCGCUGGGCAGUGUCCGAGCCGGGGCCCUGGGCUGCCUGUCGCUGGCAGCGCUGGCCGCGGCCCUGCCGCUUGCCUCGGUGGGCGAGUACGGGGCCUCCCCGCUCUGCCUGCCCUACGCCCCGCCCGAGGGCCAGCCGGCCGCCCUGGGCUUCGCCGUGGCCCUGGUCAUGAUGAACUCCUUCUGCUUCCUGGUGGUGGCCGGUGCCUACAUCAAACUCUACUGUGACCUGCCGCGGGGCGACUUUGAGGCCGUGUGGGACUGUGCCAUGGUGAGGCAUGUGGCCUGGCUCAUCUUCGCCGAUGGGCUCCUCUACUGUCCCGUGGCCUUCCUCAGCUUUGCCUCCAUGAUGGGCCUCUUCCCUGUCACCCCCGAGGCCGUCAAGUCUGUCCUGCUUGUGGUGCUGCCGCUGCCUGCCUGCCUCAACCCCCUGCUCUACCUGCUCUUCAACCCCCACUUCAGGGAUGACCUUCGGCGGCUCUGGCCCGGCCCAGGAGCUCCUGGGCCCCUGGCCUUCGCGGCUGCCAACGAGCUGGAGAAGAGCUCCUGCGAUUCCACCCAGGCUCUGGUGGCCUUCUCUGAUGUGGAUCUCAUUCUGGAAGCUUCUGAGGCUGGACGGCCCCCUGGGCUGGAGACCUAUGGCUUCCCCUCAGUGACCUUCAUCUCCUGUCAGCAGCCAGGGGGCCCCAGACUGGAGGGAAGCCAUUUUAUAGAGCCAGAGGGAACCCACUUUGGGAAUCCACAACCCUCUGUGGAUGGAGAACUGCUGCUGAAGGCGGAGGGAGCCACAUCCUCAGGAGGAGGCUCGUCGGCGGGUGGGGGCUUCAGGCCCUUCGGCUCAGUCUUUGCUUCACACUUAUAAAGUCCUUCCCCCUUCUUCUCUUUCCAUCUCUUCCCUUCCUUCUCUCCCCACUUCCUCAAUGAUGGCUGCUUAUAAAAUAAAUACAACCUAAACUCACCAGUGUGAUCCACAGCAGGGCCUGGUUCUGUUGGUCUCCUCUCUCUGUGACCAUCACCAGUGAGGGCUUCUUGGCCCAGUAUCCCCUUGGCCCUCCUCAUCUUCACCUUCAUGCUGCCUCUUCCCUGUCAGGUCCAAAGCUGUGGACCAGAGACCUGGAAAUUUGCUUAAGGGUAAGGAGUGAAAUAAAAGACAGGGAAGGAGGUGGGGACCCGAUAGGGCCAGGAUCAUGGCACAGUGGAUACGGAGACACAACAGAAAAGGGGACCACCAAGGGCAUUUGGCAUCUGCCCUUUGACUUAUGGAUAGGAUAUAAAAUGUGUUCUGUGCCCAUUAAUCUUGACAUUUGCCAUGAAAAAAUACUUCCUACUAAAAUGAGCUUUGGAAGAGAUUACA